CUCACACUCAACAAAUACACCAACUGCCCAUCCUCCUCCUCCUCCUCCUCCAUCCCCCAAAAUUCCCUUUGCUCUCUGCUUUCUGCUCUCUGUAUAUCCUUCUGAAUUCGUCUGGCAAUUCGACUAGGACCAGAUCAGAUGGCUCUAGAAGCUCUCAACUCACCUAGAACGGCAACUCCUUCACUCCACUAUGACGACAUGGACCUGCACUGUCUUGAGCCAUGGGCCAAGCGCAAGCGGACCAAGCGCCCUCGUCUCGAGAACCCACCCACCGAGGAAGAGUAUCUCGCUCUCUGCCUCAUCAUGCUCGCUCGUGGCGGUGCAGGUGCUACGAUCUCCGGCGGCGGUGCCCUCUCCAAUCACCGCAUCCACUCCCCUCCUCCCCCACCGCCCGCGUUGAAGCUCAAUUACAAGUGUACCGUCUGCAACAAAGCCUUUGGUUCCUACCAAGCCCUUGGGGGGCACAAGGCCAGUCACCGCAAGCUCACUGGAAACGACGACCAGUCCUCCUCCUCCACUACCACCACCACCACUACAAGCUCUACAGUCAAUCCAGGUGGAAGAACCCACGAGUGUUCUAUUUGCCACAAGUCCUUUCCAACCGGACAAGCCUUGGGUGGGCACAAACGCUGUCACUACGAUGGUGGUAACACCAACAGCAGUGUCACGUUGUCGUCGGACGCUGCUGCCCCGAGCCACAGCCUCCGCGGUUUCGACCUGAAUUUGCCGGCCUUGCCUGAAUUCAACGGCGCUGUCGGUGGAAAGAAAUCCGAGAUAUUUGGCGAGGAAGAGGUGGAGAGUCCUCUGCCUAUGAAGAAGCCGCGUCUAUUGAUUCCGGCCGACGAGACUAGUUCUCAAGAUCAGUAGAAAUUAGAUGGAUGAUUUGAUCUCCCAUUAUUUGUUAUUUCUUUUAGUUUUUAAUAUCUUUAGUGGGGUUAAAAAUUGUUUCUGUACAGAGAAUUUCAUUCUUUGUAAGACUAAAAUCUCCCUUGGUUUGGAAAGGUCAAAUUUUUUUUUAUUUAA